GCGGGCCGAAUUGCAACAUUUUUAUGAUGGGCUAAGAAAUGUUGAAAAGCCCGAAAACUUUGGAUUUAAUUAAUUUAAUACCGAUUCGAAUUUCGGACAAAAGAUAAUAUGCCUUUAUUACCGCAGGAGAGAGAAAGUGAGAGGGAGAGGAGAGAGAGUGUGUGUGUGUGUGUGUGCAGCAGAAAAAGAAGCUCUGACGAAGAAGAAAAACGAAAAAAAUCUCCAUUGAAGCCGAUCUUUUGGUUAGGAGGAAAUUUUCGCCUUGCGUAUGUUUUAAUUGCAUCCGAUCUCAUCUAAUUAGCAUAUACGCAGCUCUUCAACGUAUACAUUUUCCUGCAAAUUUUGUUUUCAGGAUUUAAUUUUCCCCAAUUUCUCGACGAUUUUUGCAAUUACUCAUAAUUUUUUGUUUCUCCGAUUUUUUUUUAUAGCCAUUAUCUGAUUUUUAGGGUUUUGUGGUGAAAGUUGGAGCUGUUGUGGGUGAAAUAGGUGGGAUCAUUAGCUAGGAUUAGUGAAGUGGUCUGGGAGCUAUGGAGGUUUGGUGUUUCCAUUUUUUAUGAAUUGGAGGAAAGAGAAGAAGAUAAUAUUAAUAUUACCGGUGGUAAUUUUUUGUAUACGAGGGGGGCAUUUUGGGGAAUUAGAGCGAGGAUAUGGAUAGUGAUGAUUCUGAAUUAGGGCUCGGGGGUGCAGGUGAGUUAGGGCUACAGAUUAGUGUCGAGAAUGCAAAGGGGAAAGAUAAGAACGAAAACUCGGAUUCUGAUGGCGAAUUUGAUGACAAGAGUGAGGAUCUCUUGCCGUGGAUGAUAAAUGAUGUAAGGUCAAGAUGUGUUGAUAAUGGUGGAAGUGGAAGCCAUGAGGUGAAAAUGGAUGUUAAUUUGAAUUUGAGGUUGAGUGGUGAGCCUUCAUCUUCGAAUUCAUCGAAUAUUGCUACGGAAACGGAGAAUUUCGAUCGUUUCGAUCAUGACAUGCAGAAUAAACGGCCCAAAGUUCAUUCCUUCUCUCUAGAUUGGGUUACUAAUUUUGAAACCGAGAUUCAUUAUCUCGGUCCGCUACACGAGGAGGUUGAUGACGAGAAUUUGCCUGAUUCUAGUGUUACCUUAGACAAUGCUGAAAAUAAGAACGAUCCUUUACAAAUGGAAGAUUCUGGAGUUCGGAUGGAUCUGACCGAUGACUUAUUGCAUAUGGUUUUCACGUUUUUGGAGCACAUGGAUCUUUGUCGAGCUGCAAGGGUAUGCAGGCAGUGGAGAGAUGCAAGUUCUCAUGAAGAUUUCUGGCGUUACUUGAAUUUUGAGAAUCAUUACAUAUCCGUGCAGCAAUUCGAGGACAUGUGUCAACGAUAUCCCAACGCUACUUCAGUAAAUGUUUAUGGUACUCCCACUAUUCAUCUUCUUGCAAUGAAAGCACUCUCUUCUCUGAGAAAUCUCGAGGUUUUAACUCUUGGCAAAGGUCAGUUAGGGGAGACUUUUUUCCAAGCCUUAACAGAUUGCCACAUGUUGAAGAGUUUAACUAUCGACGAUGCUUCUUUGGGUAAUGGCAAUCAAGAAAUUGUCAUUUAUCAUGAUAGAUUGCAUGACCUUCAGAUAGUGAAAUGCCGUGUGAUCCGCAUCUCUAUUAGGUGCCCACAGCUUGAAACUUUGUCUCUCAAGCGGAGCAGUAUGCCACAUGCUUUUCUUAAUUGCCCCCUUUUACGCGAGCUCGAUAUAGCUUCCUGUCACAAGCUUUCGGAUGCUGCAAUCCGUGCAGCAACCACGUCAUGCCCACUCUUGGAAUCAUUGGAUAUGUCCAAUUGUUCGUGUGUCAGUGAUGAGACACUACAAGAAAUAGCUAGGGCUUGUAGACAUCUGCGUAUUCUUGAUGCUUCAUACUGCCCAAACAUCUCUCUUGAAUCCGUGAGACUGCAAAUGUUGACAGUUCUUAAGCUUCAUAGCUGUGAGGGAAUAACAUCAGCUUCGAUGUUAGCUAUAGCUUCGAGUUAUAUGCUUGAGGUUCUUGAGCUUGAUAACUGCGGUUUAUUAGCAUCAGUGUCUUUGGAGCUGCCACGUCUGAAGAACAUAAGGCUUGUACACUGUCGGAAAUUUGCUGAUUUGAAUUUAAGAAGCACUCUGCUUUCGUCAAUUACAGUUUCUAAUUGUCCUUCUCUCCAGAGAAUCAGCAUUAUUUCCAACGCUCUUAAAAAAUUAGUUUUGCGGAAGCAAGAAAGCUUGAAAACCUUGGCAUUGCAGUGCCAUAGUUUGCAAGAAGUAGAUCUUACCGAAUGUGAAUCUCUGACAGAUUCCAUUUGCGAAGUUUUCAGUAGCGGAGGAGGCUGUCCUGUAUUGAGGUCAUUAGUUCUCGACAGUUGUGAGAGUCUGACGACAGUGAGUUUUGAGAGUACGUCUUUGGUUAGUCUUUCACUUGGGGGUUGCCGUGCACUAACAUCUCUCGAACUCAAAUGCCCUAACCUCGAGCAUGUCUCUCUAGAUGGUUGCGAUCAUCUUCAGACAGCAUCGUUUUCACCUGUUGGACUUAGGUCAUUGAAUAUGGGCAUAUGCCCGAAAUUGAGCGAGCUCCAUAUCGAAGCACCGCUUAUGGUUUCGCUUGAAUUGAAGGGGUGCGGGGUAUUAUCUGAAGCAUCCAUCUAUUGCCCACUUCUUACAUCUUUGGAUGCAUCUUUCUGCAGCCAACUCAAAGAUGACUGCUUAUCUGCUACAACAUCUUCGUGCCCGGUUAUUGAAUCGUUGGUGCUGAUGUCAUGCCCGUCUGUUGGUCCUGAUGGACUUUCGUCUUUACACUGCCUUCCAAACCUGAUCUUCCUCGAUCUUUCUUACACCUUUUUGGUCAAUUUGCAGCCUGUUUUUGACUCGUGUUUGUAUUUGAAGGUUCUAAAAUUGCAAGCAUGCAAGUAUCUAAGUGACACAUCACUGGAGCCUCUCUACAAAGGCGGCGCUCUCCCGGCUCUCUGUGAGCUGGAUUUGUCCUAUGGGACACUCUGCCAGCUGGCAAUAGAGGAGUUGCUUGCUGGCUGUAAGAAUUUGACUCAUGUCAGUCUGAACGGUUGCGUCAAUAUGCAUGACUUGGAUUGGGGACUUAACUCUGAUAGACUCUCUGAAGUCGGCACAUUUUAUGGGUCAUUCGACUCUUCUUCGUCUUCCUCCUUGGAACCUAAUCGCCUGCUGCAGAUUCUUAACUGUGUCGGUUGCCCAAAUAUCAAGAAGGUGGUUAUUCCUCCUACGGCACGAUGUUUCGAUCUAUCAUCUUUAAACCUUUCAUUGUCGUCGAAUCUGAAGGAAGUUGACUUAUCUUGUUGCAAUUUGUUCUUUCUUAACUUGAGCAAUUGUAACUCAUUGGAGAUUCUGAAGCUCGACUGUCCAAGAUUGACCAGUCUUUUUCUUCAGUCCUGUAAUAUUGAUGAGGAGACCGUUGAAACUGCCAUCUUGCACUGUAACAUGCUGGAGACACUCGAUGUUCGCUUUUGUCCAAAGAUAUCUCCAUUGAGCAUGAGUACAGUCCGUACAGCAUGCCCAAGCUUGAAACGCAUCUUCACCAGCUUAGCACCAACAUGAUACAAACAAAAUGAAUUAUUCUCAUGUGUACAGUAUUUUUUUGUGUUUGG